UCCAAAAUGGCCGCCCAGCAGCAACCGCUUUGCCAGGUUUUCUCAUUUCGGGACUGUAAAACCUCUCCCGACCCAAUUUUCGAGCCGCCGGCGGCCUCGCGCGGGACGCCGACGCCGACGCCGAUCGUGAUCGACAACGGCUCGUUCCAGACCAGGGCCGACUGGGCGACGGUGGACUUUGACGCCCCGCGGCUGCUCUUCAGGUCGGUGGCGGCGCGCAGCAGGGGCGCCGCCCGCAGCGAGACCCAGAUCGGCAACGACAUCCCCAACCUGGAGCCUCUGCGGUGGCUGCUCAAGAGCCAGUUCGACCGGAAUGUGGUGGUCAACUUCGAGAUCCAGGAGCUGAUUUUCGACCAUGUGUUUACUCACCUGGGCGUCACCUCGGAGGGCGGCCGCGUGGAGCACCCGCUGGUCCUGACCGAGGCGCCCUGCAACCCUCAGCACUGCCGCCAGAUGAUGUCGGAGUUGCUGUUCGAGUGCUACGGCGUCCCCCACGUCUCCUACGGAGUGGACGCCUUGUACAGUUUCCAUCGCACCGACAAUCGGCGGAACCCGCAGCCGCCGCGGACCGGGAUCGUUUUGUCCUCGGGGUACCACUGCUCGCACAUCCUGCCCGUUCUCGACGGCAGGUUGGACGCGGUGAACUGUAAGCGUGUGAAUGUGGCCGGAGGCCAGGCGGCGGCCUACCUGCAGAGGCUCCUCCAGCUCAAAUAUCCGGGUCACCUGGCUGCCGUCACUCUCGGCCGCAUGGAGGAACUGCUGCACGAGCACAGCUACGCUGCUGUGGAUUAUCAAGAAGAGUUGGAAAAGUGGCGCAGCCCGGAGUUUUACGAGCGCGAGGUUCACCGAAUGCAACUUCCCUUCUCGCGCAAGUUGCCCGGCGGCUGUGUGAGCGUGGAGGAGAGGCAAGAGAGGAGAGCGCAGCAGCUCAGGCGGCUCCAGGAGAUCAACGCUCGACGUCGUGGCGAGAAACUGCAUCAGGACCAAGAGAGGCUGGACAGGCUGACGGCCGUACAGGAGCUGCUGGAGGACGGCUUAUCGGAUCAGUUCCGCGAGAGCCUGGCGCAGCUCAACAUGGACUCGGCCGAGGAGCUGCGGUCGUACAUCGGCAAACUGCGGCUGGCCGUGGAGCAGGGCCGCCAGAGACCGCCGCCGCACGGCGAGGGAAAGACGGAGAUCUCCGAGUUGGAGCAGCACAUGGAGGACGGCGACGGCGUGGCCGUCAUGUAUCCUGACUUCUCUGAGGACGCGCUGCCGGAAAAAACGAAUGUGAAUGUGGUCCAGCCAGCCUUCAACAUGGCGGAAUACCACCAACUCUUUGUGGGCACGGAGCGUCUGCGUUGUCCGGAGAUCCUCUUCCGGCCCUCGCUGACUGGAGAAGAGCAGAUGGGGAUGAUGGAGACGCUUCAAUAUGUGUUGGCCAGGUACACUCCUGAGCAGCAGGAGGCGCUGGUCGGCAACGUGUUCCUGACGGGAGGAAACAUGCAGUAUCCGGGGAUGAAGGAGAGGAUAGAGCGAGAGCUGCUAGCUAUAAGACCCUUCCAGUCACACUUCAAGGUGAGCGUGGCGACGCAGCCGAGCCUGGGCGCGUGGCUGGGGGCAAGAAACUGGGCGCUGGAGCACCCUCCUGGCGGUGCUGGAGGAGGAGCGGCGGGAUGGAUCAGCCGGCAGGACUACGAGGAGAAGGGCGGCGAGUACCUCAGCGAGCACUGCGCCUCCAACGUCUUCGUCCCCCUCAACAUCAACAAGUCGCUUCCCCCUCGGCCAGCCGAGCCCUCGGUUACCGUGCCGACUGUCGCUUCCGGACCGGGCGCCGUGGUCACGUCCGCUCUGACUUCCUCUUCUUCUACUUCAGAUGCUCCCGUGGUUUCGUCCUAAAGUGACAGUGGUCACUGGACUGAUUAUGUAUUUGUGUGCAGGAUCACGCAAAAGCCGCACGGUUCUUCUUAGAGCAAGAAACCGUAUUUGGACAUUUACGGUGAACAGUGAAACGGCAAAAUUGAUGCCUCCUCAAAAUGAUUUUUGUAAUUUCCCGUACAUGCCGGAUGAUGGCGCAAAGCGUUUUUCCCUAUUAGACAUGGCUAUGGCUUGACGAAAGGUAUUUCCUCCCCUCAGUUAUGUUGGACCAUAACAUUAUUGCUCCUCAGACCCAUGAAACUUUGGUUUAAAAGCUUUGAGCCGCAGCCAUGUUUCGGGCUACUGUCAGUGCCAUCUUGUGGUCACAUAACAGCAUUACACCCAUUUCGGUGAAAAUCAAAUGGCGCCAAUAUCUGCCAAAGACUCCCGAAAGGAAAGAGAGAGAGGUCAAGCUUCGAUCCCAAAUUCAAGAUGAAAUCAGUGUAUUUACGUGCCGGAAUAUUGCAUAAAAACCUGACACAUUUUAUUCGGCUGUAAAAUAUAAACAAUAAAUAUCAUGCACUUG